AUGAAUAAACGUGGGAGUUAUUCCCAAAUUAGUGAAGAAGUGAAAUGUAUAGAAAAUGAACAUAUCGACUGUACGUUAAAUAACGAACAGAGUAAUAAUUAUAAUAAUAGUCAAAUAAAUUCUUAUAAUAAUAAUUAUACAGGUGUACAAGAAGGUAAUGAAUUAACAAAUAGUAAUCUAUGCUUAAAUUCAAAUAUACCGCAACAUAAUUAUUAUAAUAACAAAAUAAAAGACACAGAUCGAUUUUAUAAAAAUCGUAUUUUUUUAGAUCAUAAAAAUAAUAUGAAUAAUUCUGAAAUAAAUGAGUAUAAUUGUGAUAGUGAAAAAUAUCGUGAUAAAAUGUAUAGUAAUUCUACUAUUAGUAUUGGGAAUUACAGAAAUUAUAUAAAUAAAGAUAAUUGUGAUUAUAAUAUUAAUAUGUAUAAUAAUACGAAAAAAUUUUCAAAUACAAAUUCUAAUUGCGCAAGUAAUUCAAAAAAGCAUAAAGCAUAUACAGAAUGUGAUAAUAAAAAUAUGGCAGGAGAAAACAGUUAUACCAAAUAUCUUACCACCAUUAUCAAUAAUGGUAGUAUAGUUGAUCCUACUAAAAAUAAUUUUCCUGCAAACAGUAAUACUAGUGCAAAUUUUAAUGAUCAAUGUAACGACAUAAAAAAUAAAAAUAAUACUAGUAAUAAUUUUCAACAAUAUAAUAAUUCAAUUGUAUAUGGACAAAAUAUGUCUAAUAAAGAUGUCAUUAAUAAUAACCAAUAUUAUGAAUAUGUAAAUCAUAAUUAUAAUAUGGGGCCUCAAAGUGGUAUUAUAAAUUGUCUGGACACUGGAAUGGUUAAAAAUAGUCAUAGCAAUAAUAGUAAUAUUAUUAAAGAAAAUUAUUUAAUGCGAAAUAGUAUGAUUCACUCUAUGGAAGCUCCAAUAUAUAAUACCAAUGAUCCUGGUAAUAGCAACUACGAACAAAAUAGCUUUAAUAAUCUUAAUUAUACAAACUAUACUGGUGAAUAUAAUAAUAAUUAUAGAAAUGAUUACAGAAACCCAAAUGGAUGGAAUUACAAUGCAUAUUAUAAUAACAAUUGUAAUAAUCCUAUUGGUGAAGAUAGUAAUAGUAAUUUAGUAAAUAAUAGUGAUAAUAUUUGUAGUAAUACCGUUUCUAAUAGUAAUAAUAAUAAUACAGUUAAUAUGAUGAUUGGCAAUAAUAAUGGUACAAUUAUGAAUAACAAUACUGGAGAUAAUAAUAUUGAUCAUAUAAAUACUAACAUGCGAAAUACAUCUAUUGUUAGUAAUGGCAAUUCUGAUACUGCUCAUUAUAAAUAUAAUAUAAAAAAUAAUAAUGAUCACAUGAUUUUAGCUACUGAUAAUGAAAAGGCUAGAUUUGAUCCAAAUAAUAAUAUAUAUAUGAAUAAUAAUUAUAUAAAUGUAGACCAAUGUUAUGCAAAUGAUGGUAUUAGUAGAAAAAAUACAAGCCGAUGUACAAAUACUAAUAUCAAUAUUGAUAGUAGUAAUCCAACUAUGACAACUAGUAGUAUUUAUGAUGAUAAUACGCUUGGUAAUAGUAAUUUUAGUAAUAAAAAUAUUGUGAAUAGUAACUAUAUGUUUAAUGUUACUGCACAAAAUUGUGAUAUGAUAAAUUCAAAUAUUACUACAAAAUAUGAUACUUCAUUUUUAAGUAACUUUGAACAAGAUGAUAAUGAAUGCAAUACUGAAAAUGACUUAGAUAUUGAUACAGUAUCUGAUGACUAUUAUAAUAAAACUAACUAUAGAUAUGAAAAUAUCAACCAAAGAAAUUCUAGCAAUAAUGCUUUCGAUGUUAGGGAUGCUGUAGGAAGUAUUCCCAAUAUGGCCAAUAUAAAUGAUCCUGAUUUAUUUAACCAAUACAGCAAUAUAGGUUUAAACGGAAUGGUUAACAAGUUUCCUGGUAAUACUAAUAUUAAUAGACAGAUAACUAACACAAAUAGCAAUGGUACUAAUAAAAGGUAUAGCAAUUCUACUCCAAAAAAUAAUGAAAUGGCUAUCCUUUCAGAUCCAAAUGUGGGAAGUUAUAAACAAUAUCCAGAAAAUAAAAAUUUUAUGUAUUCAGAUACAAAUAUGUGUAAUAAUAUAGAAAAUAGUAGAAACACUCAAGAUUAUGAUAACAAAUUAAAUGGGAUAAACCCACAAGGUGUAGAAAUACCAGAUAUACGAAAAGACAGUGAUAAUAAGAAUGCUAAAAAUGGUAAAUAUAAGAAACAUCAAAAAAAUGGCAAGCUUAAUAAUAAUAGCAGUAAUAGUUAUGUACCUUCUAAAAGCAGUAAUCCUUCUAAUUAUGUUUUAGAUAACUACAAUUUAAAUGAAUCCUGCAAUUUGCCUGGUAAUAAUGGGAAUAUAGCUUCACUUGCUAAUAUGAAUAGCAGCACAGACAAAAUAAGUAAUUAUAAUUACAACAAUAUGCAUAGCAUAAAUAUGAAGGAUGCGAAUAUUAAUAUGGGUCACUUGGAAAAAUAUUCCAUUAACGUUGUGAACAAUAUAUUAAUAGCCAAUCCUAAGGACUGUAAAAAUUCUGCACAAAUCGAGAAUAUAGAGAAUACCCAACUAUUGUAUAAUGAUGAAAAUAAUAGCGAUGCUAUAAGUGGUACUAGAUGCAGCAGCACUAAUAAUGGAACAAAUUAUCGAAAAAUGAAUAAUAAUAUGAUGUAUGAUCAUAACACAAAUGUUGGGACAAAAGAAGGGGCAUACAACAUUUGCAAAAAUUUAAAUAAAAAUUCUGUAUCAGGAAGUAUAUAUAAUCAGUUAUAUGAUAAAAUGCCUGAAUCAAAUAAUUUACAAAAUUAUAAUAUAAAAAACGAAAGUAUUGAUAAUAUAGCUUUCUUAUUAAAUUUAAAUAAUCAAAAAAAUAAUAGACUUGGUAAUAACUCUAAAAAUUAUAAUAACAUGAAUGUCUUAGCUAAUGAUGAGCAUGAUACUCAGUAUAUUAACAGCAUGAAUAAUAUGAAAAAUAUCAGCACAAGAUAUUAUAGCAAUACAAAUAAAAAUAUAAGUAGUGAAAAUGCUUAUGAUUAUUUAACUAACCAACCAUAUAAUGGAAACAUUUUCAUCCCUAGUGGAAGCAAUAACAAUAUAUAUAACGGAUAUGGUAAUAAAAAUAAUGAUUAUACUCAAUGGAUAGCAAAUUCUAGACAUAUGAGUUCUAAUGAAAAUAAAUCUUCUAUAAAUAUGGGUCAUGGCUAUAAUCCGAACGGUUAUUUAAUUGAUAAUAAUAACAUUCUGCAUAGUAAUGAUAAAAAUGCUAAUAAAUCAAUACCUGCACUGUGUGAUAAUAAUAUGUAUAACAAUUAUAUGCCAUUAAAAAACUAUUACGAAAAUCAUUGUAACGGUCAAAAUAAUAAUAUAGGCAACAAUCCAAAUGCUUGCAAUGCCAUUAGCAAUGAUAUAGACACUGAUAUAGCUAAUGACGUGAAUAAUUUGAAUAUGCUAAUUACCCCUAAAAUUAAAGGAGUUCGUUUUGACAAAUCAGGACGACGAUGGGUAGCUAGCUGGAGUCAAAAUGGAAAUCAAAAAAGACAAUAUUUUCCUAUCAAGAAAUUUGGUAAAGCACAAGCAAAAUAUUUAGCAAUUUAUGCACGAAUAAAAGCUGUUAAAUGCAUGCAAAAAAAAUCAAACAAAAAUCCUGAAAAUAAAAGAUCAUACUCUAAAAAAUUAACAAAUAAAGAAAAAACAAAACAAGUAAAAGACGAGUCUCAAAAUAUAGAACAUUUUAAUGAUGCUGGAGAAGAUUAUUUAGAUAAAUUUCCACCUGAUGAAAAUAAUUUAUGUCAAAAUGGAAGCGAAAGUAGUGCUAACAAAACUGAUGAAUUAUAUAAUGAUUCAGAGGAUGAUGAUUAUACAAAAAAUCUUAGUAAAUAUAUGACUGAGGAAAACUAUAAAUCAUUGGCUAAUGGUACACCCAAUACAACUGAAUUUAAUAAUUAUAUGAAUGAUCAAAAUAAAACAGAAAAUAAUUUACAUAAUCUUUCAAAAGAUGCUAACCAAAAUGAUAAUCCUACUAUUAAUACAAAUAUAGAGAAUGCCGACGACAAUACUGAUAGCAACUGCAGUAGUGGUGAAGCUGAUGAUAAGCAAAGUUGUUCAGAAGAAAAAACAAAUAUAAAUAAUUACAAUCAAGAGACUGAACAUACUCAAAUGCAGCAAUAUACUCACAAUAUAAAUAAUAACAUAAAUAAUCAUAACGAUAAUUAUAAUUUUAAUAUGAAUGGCAAUACAUUAUCAGAGGAAAAAAAGGAUAAUCAAAAUAAUACAACUCAGCUUGGUGAAUAUCCAAAUGUGUCAAGCAAUAAUAAUGACACUACUUCGAAUCACUUUGUGAAUAAUACUACCAAUUUAAAAAAUGACAACGAGAAUAUUGAGCCGUGUGAAAACAGUGAAGAAAAUAAUCCAAAUAAUGAGCAGACAGAAAAAGGCGAGACUUUGUUACAACAAAUAAAUGGUGAAAUAAACUCAAAUGAAGAGAGCAAUAACACUACCAUUAAAAAUGAUGAAAAUGCUUUGGAAAAAAAUGAUAACGAAUUUUAUGAUCCAAAUGAAAUUACAAAUAAUGUAAAUGAGAAUAACAUUAAUGAGAAAUUAAAAAACAUGAUAUUGCUAAUUGAAAGAUUUAAUGGAAAAAAUAUUAAAAUAAUAAAAAAUCCAAAUGAAAAAGUAAACAUACAAUUUAUCGAAAAUGAGGCUAAUAUUAAUAAUAUCGAUCAAAUAAAUAUACUAGAUUUUAAUGAUAAAUUAAUAUUAUUAAACAUGUUAAAAGAAUAUUAUAUGAAGAAUAAUACUUCGAAUUAUUUGUCUUCUAAUAAAGGGGGGAAUACUCUAGACAAUAUUAAUCAAACUUUUGAACCCAAUGAAAAUCGAAACACAAAUGUGAAUAAUGUAGAUACUUCGAAUCAGGAUCAUGAUAAUAAUAAUUUGCUCUCAGAAAAAUCAGAAAAAGAAGUUAGCAUUAAAUCUAAAAAACACACAGCUGAAAGAAUAAAUGAUAAUCAUUAUGAUGUAAAUAUUAAAAAAGCAAAAACCUGUUAUGAUGAAGAUAUUAGUAAUGUUAUGAUACCAAGUGCUGGACAAAACGACACAUUAAAUGAUAUGGAAAAAACAAAUCAUAUCACCAAAAGUGAUGGGAGUAAUAACAAUGACUCAUUAAAUGGUGAGCAAUUACAUAAAAAUGAGGAAGCAAACGAAAUUAAUACUAAUAAUAAAAAUACUAAUGAUUCAAAUGAAACGGAUAAUGGUAGUACCAAAACGGGAUUAUUUGCUCGUGUUAAAAAUGGAUUUUUCAAAAAAUUAAAUAAUGCAAUAAGCAACAAAUCAAAUAAUCAAGUAGAAUCUAAAGAGGAUCCAAUAAAAAACAUAACUGAAAAGGAAGAAAAUACAGCCAUAUUUAAAACAAAUGAUCAAAACCUUGAUAAUGAACAACAACAAAAUGAUUCACAUAAUAUGAGUUCUUUGGAUGUGAAAAAUGAUCAAGAAAACACAACACCAGCAAAUGAUGAUAAAAAUGAAAUAUGUGAUUCAGAUGAUUUGUCUAAAGAUAUAGAUUCCAAUAUUCCUAAUAAUAUUCCUUCUGAUCAAUCAAAUUAUUUUUUUAAAAGUUAUUAUACAUAUGAAAAUUCAAAUAAUGUAAAUAAUAUUGGAAUAAAUUCAAAUAAUAAUUAUAAAUAUAAUUACAACAAUUGUGGAAAUUAUCAAGUAGAUGGUAAUGCUAAUAAUAACUACGAGGAAAAUGAUGGUGAGGAUACUAAUGAAAAUAAUAAAAAUACAAAAAAAAUUGAAUCAUUAAGUUCAUACCCAAAUACUGUUAUUAAUGGUCUUUGUGAUAAAAUGCCUGAGAUACAGAAUGGCACACCAAAAGAAUUACAAUUUCAUGACUAUACCAAACAAAUACCAUUUAAUAAUAACUCUUAUGAUUUUUCUAUAACACCUGAAAAUGCUGAUGCUAAUUCUAAAAAAUUUAUACCCUAUAAUAUUGGUAAUAAAACUACCCUUACAACUGCAUCUAUUUCUACUACUCACGAACCCACAGAUGCAUCCACAAUUGCUAGUCCUCAAAGAAUCACCCCCAAUGAUCAUUUAAUAUGCGAACUGAACCAUGAACAAAAUAUGAAUGAUAGUAAAUUUGAUACAAAUUAUUCUGAAGGAAAUAAAACAAAUUUUAUCAGAAAUGUAUUACAAAUGAACAUUGGAAAUAAUAACUUAAUGAAUGAUAGCAAUGAACUUGAAAAUGAUUUAAAUGAUGAUGCUAUUAAUGAAACCGAUGAAACUACAAAUAUAGAUGAAAUUAAUAAUAGUAGAGAUUAUUGUAAUGAUUUAGAUAAAAAUCAAAUUGAUCAUUCACAAUAUAACCAAUAUGCAGAACAUGCUGAUAAUAAUAAAGGUCAUAUGAUUCAUACUUUCCCACAAUAUUCUUUUGGAACUCAUUAUGAUAGUAGUAAUAAUCUUUCAAAUAUAAUAUCCACAAAUGAAAGAGGACAUAAUAAUGGUUAUCCAAUAAUUGUAGAUACAAAAAAUGGAUUACCUAAUAUAAACAAUAUGGAUAAUAUUAAUGGUAUGAGUACUAACCUUUCGAGUAAUGAAAACACUGCCAAUUAUGUUAAUAUAAAUAAUGAAUAUACAAAUGCACAUAUUUCUGAAUUAACUGAAAUUGAUAGAAACAGGAUAAACAAUACCCCAUAUUUACUAAGAAAUGAAUAUGAUAAUUUUUAUUCAAAAAAUGAUUUAUAUUAUGAUCCUAAUUAUUCUGCACUUAAUCAACGUUCAGAUAGUAAUAAUAGUAGUGUUACCACACAAGGAAAUAAUAUAUUACUUCAAAAUGGCUUUAAUCCUGAUAUGAAUAUGCCUUAUGUGAAUUUAACGAAUUUCCCAUCUUCUGAUAUUGUAAAUGAACAAAUGUGUAUGGACGAUCAAAAAAAUAAUCUAUCUUUUUUGAAUCCACAACUUUUUAAUUAUAAACACAAUAUGGAUAUUAUGCAAAAUCAAAUGAGUCCUAACAAUGAUCAUGAAAAUGUUCAACAUUCAGGAGAUAAUAAUACAACCUUAUAUAAUAGCCGUAAUAAUAAUACUAACAAUAUUAGCGAUAAUGCAUAUAAUAUCCCUACGAAUAAUACUACAUUUAUAAGCCAGAUGGAAAUAUAA